GUCUCAAGACUGCCUCUCAUUGGCCUAGUUGGGGCCGCGGGCGCAUCCCUCGACCAAUCCCUGGCCCGGGGGAUGCAGGACUUGGAUUGGCCAGGCCCGGGUCACGUGACUACUUCCCGAGCGCCGGUGGGAGGCCGGAGGAUGGUUCCAGAAAGGAAGGUCACAUCUACAGUGGCGGGAAAGAUGGGGGUGGGGAGGGGGACGCCACCAGAGCCUCAGAUGGGGGUCUCGUUCCUCCUCUGACCACCGCGACCUCAGCCCUCCGUCCCAGUUCGAGAUGGCCACGGGGCCCAUCGCCAGGGGAGGGGCCCGGCGUCUUCCCCUGGAGAAGGACAGUUGUGAACCCGGGGCAGGGCGAGGAGGGGCGUCGUGAGAUGCAGCCCCAGCCUUGCCCGGCGCACCGCGGCGUCCAGGUUCCUGUGACAGGGCGGCCCGUGAGCAGAUGAGGAGGACUGGCUCUUAACCUUGGUGGCCACCGAGAGGGAGAUUAUUGGGGCCCAAGAGCCCCCAGACGCUCGCCGCCAUGUCGGGGUCCACGCAGCCUGUGGCACAGACGUGGAGGGCCACCGAGCCCCGCUACCCGCCCCAUGGCAUUUCUUACCCUGUGCAGAUCGCCCGGCCCCACACGGACGUCGGGCUGCUCGAGUACCAGCACCACCCCCGUGACUACGCCUCGCACCUGUCGCCCGGUUCCAUCCUCCAGCCCCAGAGGAGGAGGCCCUCCCUGCUGUCCGAAUUUCAGCCUGGGAACGAGAGGUCCCAGGAACUCCACCUGCGACCCGAGUCCCACUCCUACCUGCCCGAGCUGGGCAAGUCAGAGAUGGAGUUCAUUGAGAGCAAGCGCCCUCGCCUGGAGCUGCUGCCGGAUCCCCUGCUGCGGCCCUCACCCCUGCUGGCCGCGGGCCAGCCUGGGGGCUCGGAGGACCCGUCCAAGGACCGCAGCCUGGCGGGCAAGCUGGAGCCCGUGUCUCCCCCCAGCCCGCCGCACGCCGACCCUGAGUUGGAGCUUGCACCUCCGCGGCUCUCCAAGGAGGAGCUGAUCCAGAACAUGGACCGGGUGGACCGCGAGAUCACCAUGGUGGAGCAGCAGAUCUCCAAGCUGAAGAAGAAGCAGCAACAGCUGGAGGAGGAGGCCGCCAAGCCCCCGGAGCCCGAGAAGCCCGUGUCGCCGCCGCCCAUCGAGUCGAAGCAUCGCAGCCUGGUGCAGAUCAUCUACGACGAGAACCGGAAGAAGGCUGAAGCCGCCCAUCGGAUUCUGGAAGGCCUGGGGCCUCAGGUGGAGCUGCCCCUGUACAACCAGCCGUCCGACACCAGGCAGUAUCAUGAGAACAUCAAAAUAAACCAGGCGAUGCGGAAAAAGUUAAUCUUGUACUUCAAGAGGAGGAACCACGCUCGGAAACAAUGGGAGCAGAAGUUCUGCCAGCGCUAUGACCAGCUCAUGGAGGCCUGGGAGAAGAAGGUGGAGCGCAUCGAGAGCAACCCCCGGCGGCGGGCCAAGGAGAGCAAGGUGCGCGAGUACUACGAGAAGCAGUUCCCCGAGAUCCGCAAGCAGCGCGAGCUGCAGGAGCGCAUGCAGAGCAGGGUGGGCCAGCGGGGCAGCGGGCUUUCCAUGUCGGCCGCCCGCAGCGAGCACGAGGUGUCCGAGAUCAUCGAUGGCCUCUCCGAGCAGGAGAACCUGGAGAAGCAGAUGCGCCAGCUGGCCGUGAUCCCGCCGAUGCUCUACGACGCUGACCAGCAGCGCAUCAAGUUCAUCAACAUGAACGGGCUCAUGGACGACCCCAUGAAGGUGUACAAGGACCGCCAGGUCAUGAACAUGUGGAGCGAGCAGGAGAAGGAGACCUUCCGGGAGAAGUUCAUGCAGCACCCCAAGAACUUCGGCCUGAUCGCAUCGUUCCUGGAGAGGAAGACCGUGGCCGAGUGUGUGCUUUAUUACUACCUGACCAAGAAGAACGAGAACUACAAGAGCCUGGUGAGGAGGAGCUACCGACGCCGAGGCAAGAGCCAGCAGCAGCAGCAGCAGCAGCAGCAGCAGCAGCAGCAAAUGCCCCGGAGCAACCAGGAGGAGAAGGAUGAGAAGGAGAAGGACAAGGAGGCUGAGAAGGAGGAGGAGAAGCCCGACGUGGAGAACGACAAGGAGGAGCUGACCAAGGAGAAGACGGACGACACCUCUGGGGAGGACAACGAUGAGAAGGAGGCAGUGGCCUCUAAAGGCCGGAAAACUGCCAACAGCCAGGGGAGACGCAAAGGCCGCAUCACCCGCUCCAUGGCCAACGAGGCCAACGGUGAGGAGGCCGUCACCCCACAGCAGAGCGCCGAGCUGGCUUCGAUGGAGAUGAACGAGAGUUCUCGCUGGACGGAGGAGGAGAUGGAGACCGCCAAGAAAGGUCUUCUGGAACACGGCCGGAACUGGUCGGCCAUCGCACGGAUGGUGGGCUCCAAGACCGUAUCUCAGUGUAAGAACUUCUACUUCAACUACAAGAAGAGGCAGAACCUGGACGAGAUCCUGCAGCAGCACAAGCUGAAGAUGGAGAAGGAGAGGAAUGCGCGGAGGAAGAAGAAGAAAGCCCCGGCUGCCGCCAGCGAGGAGGCCGCCUUCCCGCCCGCGGUGGAGGACGACGAGAUGGAGGUGUCAGGAGGGAGCGGGAACGAAGAGGACGUGGCAGAGGAGGCGGAAGCCUUACACGCCUCUGGGAACGAGGUGCCCAGAGGGGAAUGCAGUGGCCCAGCCACCGUCAACAACAGUUCUGACACCGAGAGCAUCCCCUCCCCCCGCGCCGAGGCCGCCAAGGACGCGGGGCAGAACGGGCCCAAGCCCCCGCCUGCCCCAGGCGCCGACGUGCCAGCCCCUGAGCCGCCCACACCACCGCCGGAGGAUGCGCUGGCCCCCGCCGAGCCCGCCCCGGCCCCCGAAGCCGCCGGCCCGCCCACGCCCCCACCGGCACCCCCAUCGCCCACCGCACCCCCUCCUGUGGUCCCCAAGGAGGAAAAGGAAGAAGAGGUUGCCACGGCACCCCUGGUGGCAGAGGAGGAGGAGCAGAAGCCCCCCGUGGCCCAGGAGCUGUCCAUGGACGUGGGCAAGCCAGAAGAGCCUGCCGAGGCCCCCCCCACAGAGCCCAUCAAGAGCGAAUGCAAAGAGGAGGCCCCGGAGGACGGGCCCCACAAGGGCAAAGGAGGCCCUGAGGCCAGCGUGGAGGCCGCCCCCGAGGGGGCCCUCAAGGUGGAGAAGAAAGAGGGCGGCGGCCCUGGGGGCAAAGCCCCCACGACCAAGGGAGCAGGGGCCCCCCAGGACAGCGACUCCAGCGCCACCUGCAGUGCGGACGAGGUGGAUGAGCCCGAGGGGGGCGACAAGAACAGGUGAGCGGUGGGCACACUGGGAGGCGGCUUCUGUCCCCCGCAGAACCUCUGUGCCUGCCCUCGGGAGCACGGCCCGGCUGGAGGAGGGGGC